GCAACCGGUGUCUUUAAUACGAUCUACCACAAAGAGUUGUUAUCUUAGGCCUCACCUGGAUACAGUAAUAGUACUACUUCUAAUAAUUACAAUCCUUCUAAUAUGAGAGAAAGUCAUUAAAAUGGCAGUUGGUGCUUUUCCAAUUGCAAAAUUGGGUCUUUUGGCAUUGCGGCAAAUAGCAAAACCGUUAGCAAGUCGAAUCAAAUCCAGAGCAAAGCGAAGCUAUUUUUUCCGUACCUAUAUAUGUAUGCCACCCGCACAAUUGUAUCAUUGGAUGGAAGUAAAUGUGAAGAUGAGGAUGUUAAAUCUUGGAAAGCCUUCAGAAGUGCCAAAACUAAAUGAAAACAUGGCCAUUGAUCUUGGAGCUGAAUUACUGGGGGAAGCAAUUAUUUUUUUCAUUGCUGCAGCAUCUAUUACUGCAGAGUACAUCAGGUCUUCAUUAAAGGAAAAAGAUAAAGCUGUUGCAAAAGAAGAACAAUUUAUGAAUUUAGAAAAUGAAAUAAAUGACCUUAAAUUUACUGUUGAUAAACAAGAAGUGGAAAUCAGACACUUAACUCGUACAUACUACGCCCUGCAACAGAAGCAGUCAGAAGACAAGCAACUUGAAAACAAAUCUUUUAGUUGUACAUCAGAAAACAUUGUAGGAUCAGAUGAAAGUAGGGGAAUACUUCAACAUGCAAUAGAUCAUGCUAUUGAAUCUAUAAAAGGAAAAAUAUAGUCUUUUUCUAGCAUUAGUAAAACUUCAAGUUAUUUUAAGGGUCUGUUAAUAGGUAGAUUCAUGUUUCAAGUAAAGCUGUAAUGCAAAUCAGGUAUGCAGCACAUGUAAUCUGAUCUUUUGUAGCUUUAACAUGACCAUGACACUGAAAAUGAAAUACUUAAUUAAAUUUAUUGUUUGAUUAAUUGUUUUGAAUAAGUAAAUGAUGUAAUGAUUUGAAGCUGUAUGAUAUUAAAGUUUUCAUCGAAUGA